ACAGACCAAAAAAGUCACUCUCAAAGAGCUCUUGGCACACAGACCCCAGCUUUACAAGGACCCCAGCUCCUUAACACAGAUCCCAGCUCCGAGGAAACUCGUCCCCCCCACGUUUAUCCUGACCGACUUUGCCACAUGGAGCCAGCAAACCAUUUCUGGCAUGCAGGGGACCUCCAAGCAAUGACAUCCAAGGAAUUCCAUCUGGCAGCCACCCAGGAUGACUGCAGAAAAGGAAGGACACAGGAGGAUAUCCUGGUUCCCUCUUCCCACCCAGAGCUGUUUUCAUCAGUCCUGCCAAUGGCUCUGGAAGAAGCUGCCAGGCUCCAGCAACCUCAGCCCCUUCCUCCUCCGUCAGGAAUCCACCUAUCCGCCUCUAGGACCUCGGCUCCAACUCUAUUGUACUCGCCUCCCCCCUCCCAUUCUCCUUUUGGUCUCAGCUCCUUGAUCUAA